GACGAAUACAAAUACAACGGAAAGCGAGAGAGAGAGAGAGAGAGAGCAGCGAAAUGGAUCUAACGACUCGGCAGAGGCGGCCGAUGCCGUACGAUAUGUCAACGACGUCGUCGUCGUCGUCGUCGAGGUCGUACACUAAGCUAGAUAAGCCGGAGAAAUCGGACGGCAAAGAAGUGACGGACAAGGGAUUUGGAUGGAUGUUACCAUUGUUUGCCCUAGGAAUGUUGAGGUACAUGAGCGCCACAUCGAACAUCAUACAUGAUUGCGACGAGGUAUUCAAUUACUGGGAGCCUCUGCACUACCUGCUCUACAAAUCUGGGUUCCAAACUUGGGAGUACAGCUCACAGUUUGCAUUGCGCUCUUAUUUGUACAUUCUUUUCCACAAUUUGGUGGGUUGGCCGGCUUCCUGGUGGUUUGGUGAGGAAAAAGUGAGAGUAUUUUAUGCUGUGAGAAUCUUUCUUGGUCUCCUCUCUGUCACCACAGAGGCUGCUCUGGUAGUUGCCCUUUCAAGGAAGUAUGGAAAACGUAUUGCUUCCUAUACACUGGCCAUGCUAUGCUUAACCAGUGGUUGUUUUUUUGCUAGCACAAGUUUCUUGCCAAGUUCAUUCUCUAUGUAUGCUAUGUCUCUCUCGUCAGCAUUAUUUCUUUUUGGGAAGCCUGCCAUGGCAAUUUCUGUUGCAGCCACUGGAGUUAUUCUUGGCUGGCCAUUCUCAAUCUUGGCUUUUCUUCCAAUUACAAUUUACUGUUUGAGAGGGAGGUUCAAACAAGCUUUUCUCUCAGGGGCAGUCACUUCUCUAGCUUUGAUGGCACUCUCGCUAGUUGUUGACUAUUACUACUACAAAAGAUGGACAUCAUCUGUUUUGAACCUGCUGUAUUAUAAUGUCUUAGGGGGUGGUGAGAGCCAUUUGUAUGGCACUGAAGGUCCAUUAUAUUACCUGAGGAAUGGAUUUAAUAAUUUCAACUUCUGUUUUGUACUUGCUUUAUUGUUCCUUGCUAUUCUGCCAAUUGCAAGAAAGAAGUACGCUCCAGACUUGUUGGUUGUCAUUUCACCUAUCUAUAUUUGGCUAGCCUUUAUGUCUUUGCAGCCACACAAGGAGGAAAGAUUUCUCUAUCCAAUAUAUCCACUUGUUUGUGUAGCUGCUUCAGCUGUUAUUGAGAGCUUUCCAGAUCUUUUCCGGGAUAAGUACUAUCCCGAUCAUAAUGCUUGGCUUAUUUUUAUAGCUAAAGCUCUCAGGCCCAUGGUUCUUGGCCUAAUUUUAUGUGCCUCUCAUUCCCGGACAUUUUCCUUGAUUCAUGGUUAUUCUGCUCCUUUGGAGAUUUACAAGCAUUUUGAGUACCACGAUGAUGUAGGAAUGGGUUCUACAGUUUGUGUUGGAAGUGAGUGGCACCGCUUUCCAUCAUCCUUUUUCAUUCCUGAUUAUGUGGGUCAAGUUCGAUGGAUAGAUGAUGGGUUCAGGGGUCUGCUACCAUUUCCAUUUAAUUCUACGUUGGGCGGGACUUCAGCAGCACCACCUCACUUCAACAAUAAGAACAAAGCAUCAGAAGAGCAAUAUCUCAUGGAUCUUGAAAGCUGCAGUUUCCUCGUUGAAUUGCGACUUCAGCGACCUUCCCCUACUCGAGGAAGUGACUUGUCAACAUGGGAGGUUGUUGCAGCAUUACCAUAUCUGGACAGGGAACUUUCACCUCCCUUGUAUCGGUCAUUCUUCAUCCCAUAUCUUUGGCAGCAAAACAAUGUUUUUGGCAUGUACAGACUUCUUAAAAGAAUACCCAAGUGAUAGUCGAUGUAUGAGCCCACGAGCACUAUCUUCCAUCGGUUCUAGUGUUCUCCAACCUGAGAUGUUUAAGCAUAUGAAUAGAUCUGUCUUAACAUCACUAACUUUACAUCGACUGGAUUUGCUGAUUAGAUAUAGGGAUUAUUCUGUCUUGUCCAGGGGUUCCAGGUUCAUUCGCUACUCCAUGCAAUGAGGUUCACAAGAGUUAGCAAUUAAAAUCCAGGAAGUUUUAUGUUGGAUUGACAUAAUGAAAUUAAAAGUACUGAUCUCUUUUGAUGAAUAACAUUGUUGAUAAAAAAUUCCUUACAAAAGCAGAUUACUCCUAAAUGAAUGUGCUCAUUUUCCAGCAGAAUAUAC